AUGCCCACCGUCUCCGUUCUGCCCGCCUUCCUCCAACCAGGCUCACCCCCCCGUUCGCCUCAUGUGGAAAGACCCUCUUUCCUCUCGUCAGUCUUCGUACCUCGCGAAUCUCCCAACACUCCUCGAGGGUCUCCAUCGAUGAAACCGACACGCCGCGACGUGCUCCUGUGUCUUUUGACACUGUCAUUUUCCUACCUCCUCUUUUCCUCGCCCCCAUCAUCGGACCCCGUCACGCGGAGCACUUCAGGUGGAAACAGGUAUAGGAUCCCAGGAUGGAGCAACUUUUUCCCGUCAUCCACUGGCACAUCACGGUCGCACGACCGUAGCGGAGAAGUGCUCUUCACCAACUCUGUAAAGGCGGUCGGUGUGGGGUCUGCCGAUGUAGAAUUUGGAAAAGGCAACUCUUGGGAUGGCGGCGAAGAAGAGGAAGAGGAUGACGAGUUCGAAUCCAUGGCGACUGUACUCAAAGGCCAUUCUCCCGGAUGGACAAUGUUCGAAAAGUUGUACAUCUACAACGGGAGCUUCUAUGUCAUCACGGAGAACAAGGAAGAGUUUCCCGAGCUGAGGUUGAUGACUUCGACUGGUCUUCCAGCCAACAACGAACCUGGCAAUAGUGAAGCGCGGGAGCCCAAGGGAGAUGAAAUCAUCUACAUAUCUCCAAUGGAUGCUGCCAAGCUCUGGGGGCCAAGAGUGUAUAGAAUGGAUGGAACCACGUUCCUUUUCAAUGAUGGGCAAUUCAUUGAUCAUUACUAUCACUUUGCUGCCGAGCUGCUUCUGGGUAUUUGGAGAACCUAUACCUCGUAUGACCAAGACAUCAGCCCGGCCGGUGAGACAUCACUCCUUGCGCCCAAACGCAUGUGGUUCCUUCACCAAUCAGUGGACGAAUGGAGAGACAACCCUCGUUUCAAUCCCCUCUUGAUGUUCACCCUUUUCCCCCAAACUUCCCUUUUGUAUCCCUCGGACUUCGCCGACCUCGCCAAGCAAUCCGUCUCCUCCAAACCCAAGGCCUUCGUCCUAGACCGUGCCAUUCUCGCCGACAGAUCUGCUGCUUUCCGUGGCCCUUUCACCGGACCUACGGCAAGGACAGUAGCCGGGGCUUUGCAGGUGGGGGAAGCGAGUCGGUGGUGGUGGGAGCCGGUGAGAAGGACCGUCUUGAGGUAUGCCGGCGUACCACAGUCGAUCAUCUCGAGGAAUCUGGAGGGGUACGGGGCUGUCGAUCCUGUCACCUUGAACGAUCCCACGAUUGAGCUUAUCGAGCCCCUUGCCCCUCCCGGUGAUUAUGCUCCUGUUAUCACCUACAUUUCGAGACAAAACUCUCGAAGGAGGUUGACAGCAGAGAGUCACGCCGAUCUGGUCCAGGCGUUGGAAGAAAGGGCGGAGAGGUUGGGAUGGGAGCUGGUGAUUGUGGAAGCAGAAAAUUUGACCAAAGAGGACCAAUUUGCACUUGCUGGGAGAACUACUAUCAUGCUUGGAGUACACGGCAACGGCCUGACCCAUCUCCUAUGGAUGCCGGCGACGCCCAGAAGCGCCGUGAUCGAGAUGUUCAUUCAAGGAGGCUUCGCCAGGGACUACCAAUGGACAGCCCACGCCCUCGGUAUACGCCACUUUGGCAUUCAACACGACAUCUCGUUCACAUCUCCUGCCCUACCCAAGGUUGACUAUCCCGAAGGAUUCCAGGGGACUGGCAUUACCGUAGUGGGCAAGGUCGUUGCAGAUCUCAUCGAGGAUAGACUGGCAGGCAGAGUAUAG